UCACUUCAUAACAGACGUUUAAGUCAAAUGCGCGUAAUGGAGAGGUCCGUCAGAUCAGUGCUGGUGUUCGUGGCUGUUUCCAUCCUCGUCUCCUGCCAACCUACAGACGCCUGGUACAAGCAGUCGACCGGUCCGAGCUAUUAUUCCGUCGGCAGAGCCUCGGGUUUGCUGUCCGGCAUCCGGAGAUCGCCAUAUGUGCGCAGAUCCGAGACAGAAUCAGCGCUGGACAGCAGCGAGACCCCCGGCGUCUCCAACAGCGUGAUUCCCGACUUUACCAGCAGACAAACUCCAGUCCUUAAAAACAUGGCCAUUUGCGUAAAGGACAUUUCUCCGAACCUGCAAAGCUGUGAGUUGGUUCAGGGCGGCUCGAGCACGUUUCGGUGCAAAGCAGACGUGUUCCUCUCCCUGGAUUCUCUGGACUGCUUCAGCUCCUGAACAGAAAGCAUCUCUCUC